UCAGUGAUGGUGUGAUAUGGUUGGGUGGGAUGAUGGAGACUGACUGAAUCAAAUCCAUAGGAACCCGAAAAGGAUCACGAAAUAUCUGUGAUCUACUUUGAUAUUAUCCCCCCACCCUUUUGCUGUGAAUAUUUAGUCCUCUUUUUUUUUUCUCUCUGUAACAUUUUGUAUCUCGAGUCUACUCACCUAACAGCAUGUUUCACAUUCAUUGUGCUGUGGGCUUCUCAUUCUCACUAUAAAUACACAUCAUAAAGCGUUCAUACAACUCCUGUGAGUUUGUUUGCUUUGUGUUUUAUUUGUAAGACUCUGUUGGAAAAUAAAGGGUCUGUGUUCUUUAGCCUCUGUGUUAGUUAUUUGCUGCAAGCAAAGCUUUUGUUACAGUUUCAGUUAUUCGUACACAGGGCUCCCUCUUGCUCUACCUUGGGGGGAGAAUAUGGAUGGUGGUGGUGGGUCACGGGAGAAUGUGAUGGCGGGAGGAGCAUAUACGGAAGAACCCCAUGUUUUAGCUGUUGAUGACAGUCUCGUUGAUCGAAAGCUGGUGGAAAGACUGCUCAAGAACUCUUCCUGCAAGGUGACUACUGCGGAGAAUGGGCUGAGGGCGUUGGAGUAUUUGGGCUUGGGAGAUGAGAAAAGGACUUCCUUGGAGGAUAAUGUCUCAAAGGUGAAUUUAAUAAUUACAGAUUAUUGCAUGCCAGGAAUGACAGGGUAUGAGCUACUCAAGAAAAUAAAGGAAUCGUCAAUGCUGAAGGAGAUUCCUGUUGUGAUUAUGUCUUCUGAGAAUAUCCCAACCCGUAUUAACAAGUGCUUAGAGGAAGGAGCACAGAUGUUCAUGCUAAAGCCCCUCAAACAAUCAGAUGUGGUGAAAUUAAGAUGUAAUUUGAUGAACUGCAGAAGUUAAUUAUUAUGUUCAUGGUGGGUUUUUUUAAGAACAUUAGUUAUCAGUAUUACCAGAGGAAUGAAGCCAGAUAAUGAACAAUCCUCCGCAGUCCACAUUUUGUUAUCACUAGAUGAACUUGGUUUAAGAUAAACCAAAUCGAUUUUGAUUUUGUUCUUAAGUUAAAAUGACUUCAAUGACUUCCUUGCUGCAUUAAUGUCUUUUACAUUUCUGUUCUUCAGGCAGGUGUUGAGCUUUGACCUUUCUGAAUGAUUAAAUAAUGGCCUAGUUUUUAGUUCACUUCUGGGCCUUGCACCCAUCCCAAGAAAUUUUGUUACCCAUAUCCAUCUUUGAAUCUACAGAUCGUUCUAAACUGA